CAUUUCUACAAGGAAGCUGCUGCUUUUGUGUUAUGAGCAGUUGCUAAACAUUCUCCUCAACUAGUUCAGGCAACAGUUGAUUGUGGAGCAUUGAGAUGCUUGGAAGAUUUUGACACUGGAGUCAAAGAAGAUGCAACUUUGGCAUUUGGUUGUACUGCAAGACAUAAUGUAGAACUGUCACAAGCUGUGGUGGGCGGAGCAGUUCCUCUGUUAGUACUUUGUAUCCAGGAGCCAGAAAUGGCUUUGAAAAGGAUUGCUGCUUCGGACCUCAGUGAUAUUUCAAAGCAUUCUCCAGAGUUAGCACAGACAGUAGUGGAUGCAGGAGCUACUGCUCACUAAGCCCAGAUGAUUCUGACCUCUGCUGCUAAAUUAAAGCCUCAGGUCCUUUACUCUCGGGUGGCAAAACAGUCUGUGGGUCUGGCAGAAAUGGUGGCUGAAGCAGAGAUUUUUCCAGUUGUACCUACCUGCCUGAGAGACAAAGAUGAAUACAUGAAGAAAAAUGCUUCUAUUUUAAUUAAGAAGAUAGCACAACAUACAGCCAAGCUUUUGCAGCUGACACUGAACGCAGGAGUUGCCGCCAUGAUUGACUGCAUUGGAUCUUGCAAAGGAAACAUAGGCAUCAUGAUGCUUGGUUAUGUGGCGGCUCAUUCUGAGAACCUGGCAAUGGCGGUGAUCAUUAGCAAGGGUGUGCCCCAGUUGUCAGUCUGCUUGUCAGAAGAACCAGAUCACGUUAGGGCUGCCACUGCCUGGGCCAUGGCACAGAUUGGGAGACACACUCCGGAGCAUGCACGGGCCGUCGCAGUCACAAACACUCUGCCAGUGCUGCUUUCUUUGUACAUCACAGAAAGCUCUGAGGAUCUUCAAGUAAAAGUAAGUGCUUAA